AUGAGUAUCGUACUGGAGACAAAAGCCUGCGAGUCUUGUGCCAAAUCAAAACGCAAAUGCGGCAAGGAAAAGCCACGAUGUCACCGGUGCGCUUCGCGGAAUCUCGAGUGCUCAUAUCCUCUGGCUCGACCCGGCUCGUUCGUUCUCCUGCAAGAAGACUCGCCAUCGACAUGUGAAUCACAAACGACGACGUCACCAGCAGCUCUGAGAAAUCAUACAAGUGAUGAGAUAUCAUCACCAACACUUCUUGGCACGCCUGAUCUGUGGGAUCCGAGCGGCCUCUCCGAGCCGCAGAAUGUUCCCCCAUACAGCAACGCAGUCCUGAAGCGGUUUCACAAAACUAUUCAGGCCAACCUCGCCGACUGGGUCUACAAGGGCGCAACCAACUUUAUCCAUAAGCAACUCUACAUGUUUCGCAGACCCCGAUGUGUACAAGACGCACAAGGCUCCCUCGCGCUUUAUUUGGCUCGGACGGACGAGACCGAGGAUGCCGUGUUCCGUACCCUGGACGAUCGGGCCGACCAGCUGCUUACGGACGAAGGGAAGCACAACACCACGAGCAGCCUCGACACAUUUGGACACCUGUCCAGGAUCCACUCGCUUUUAACAUACCAGAUCAUCGGACUGCUAGACGGAGACAUCCACCUGCGAGCCAAGGCAGAAAAGCGCAUCGAUACCCUGGAAGCAUGGAUACAACAGAUGAUGGAGAGCCUGCGAUUCGCCUCAUCAUUGCUGUCGGGAAGCGGGGGCAACAACACCUAUGCGAUCAUUAACGUGCUGGGGUUGGAGGAGAUUGUAUGGCAGGCUUGGAUAUUCACCGAGUCUCUCCGGCGCACCUGGGUCACGGUGGAAGGUCUGCACGCUACAUACAAUGCUCUCAGAAGAGGCUGGGCCUCCUGUUCUGCAGGUAUGCUGCUCACGGCGAGACAAGGGCUGUGGGAUGCUGGGUCUCGUUAUGCCUGGGCAGAGAUCGUCACAGGGAAAGAUCUCUGGGUCAUGGAUGGCAGGCAUACCGAGAUUUUGUUCUCUUUGGCUAUGCCGGACGAAGUAGAUGGGUUUACGAAGAUGUGUAUGGAAAUUAGCUACGGGCAGGAAAGAAUGAAGAAUUGGGAAGCAGGGGUUGUCUGUUGA